AUGGCGGGCGAGAUGGGGGUGGUGGGCAAGCUCGCGAACACGGAUCCGUCCUUCAGCCAGAUGCUCAAGAGCAUACAGGUCCUCCUCUUCCUCGUCCCAGCCAGCGCCGGGUUCUACGGCGCUGCCUUGCGACUGUGUCUACACUAUAGCGGCUAUCGACUAGGCCAGCGGAGAGUCUCGAACGCCCUCGUCUCGCUCAUCUCGCUCCUCGCGACCGGCUGUCUCUCAUGCCAAACCGCCCUCCUCUUCGUCAAUGUUGCCCAGGCUGCGCCCAUACAAGACCGCUUCGCCAACGCAAAGGGUAUACGUAUCGUCAGCAAGACGUGCGGGACCGCACUCGUCGUCGUCGCUCUCGCUUUCUUUGCCGCAAGAGCCUGGAUGAUGUUCUCCGAACGAACAAUACGAAACGUCGCCGUCGUGUCGUGCAUUGCCUCGUCUGCCGUCCUCAUCGCCUGGGACGUCAGGGCGUCGACAAGGCCGUCUGAGCCCGUCCUGUCUUCCGGUCCGGCCUUCAUCCUCGGAACGCUCAGCGGCUGGUUCACCUUCUGCACCUUCGCUUUCCUCACCUAUGCGUUAGGCUACAAAGCGGCUGCCACGACGACCGGAAGGACCGGGACAAGCGUGGUAACUUCCUCCACCGCAUCGCGCUACUACAGGCGCAUCUCGACCGCCGUCGAAGCGCCCGGCCUGCUCGGUCUCGCCGUCUUCGCCUUCGCCAUCUCCCACUCUCUCUCCUCGUCUUUCGCCGCUGCCCAGCAGACCAGCCUCUACUUCAGCAAUCUUAUCCCGCUCGUCGCCUACUUCAGCAUAAUGUUUGCACUCGUGCGCCUUCCUCCGAUGGGUGCAGGUCGGUUCUCGCUCAGCGGGAGUAGCGGAAAGGGUUCGGGCGGGACCGGCCGCACCCCCGCAGCGAGACCCCCUUCCUCCCCUCGCACUGGAACUGCACCCGACCAGACCGUCGCGCCCGACUCGGACGACCCGCAAACCUGGCGAGGAGAUGCGAUGGACCUCUUUCCCGGUAUCCAGCUCGACCCGGAGCACUCGCUCUCGAGGCCGACGUCGCCGCUUGGAGGGCUGCGGGACGCGUCGUUUGCGUCGGUGGGAGCGCCGUCGCAGGGGUACGAUGAGGCGGCCGUUGAGAUGGAGCCGACUGUUCAGAGACUGGAUAUGGCUGCGCUCGCGCCGGUCGAGAUGGAGGCGGCGAGGCCGAAUACAAAGCGACAGCCGUCGUUGACGACCGCAGGCCCGGCUACCUCACCCGCCUCUCCGCCCUCGUCCUCCUCUUGA